AUGGUUAAUGCAGAAAAUAUGUUAAACAAGUUGGAAGAAGAAUAUUAUGAAAUCUUAAUGGACUACUAUGAUAAACAACAAAGAAUUGUAUGGUGUAUUAAUAGAUUAUCAUCAAUUGCAUUAAAUGGUAGAAUUAAUAGUUCAAAUGAAUAUUUAGAUUUAUUAAUUGAUUCAGAAAAUGAACAAAAGAAAAGUGGAUAUAAAGAACGAAUUGAAGGAUAUAAAGAACUUAAACAAGAAAAUGAAAUGAUAGACUAUAUUAUGAAAAAAUCAAUAACACAAAAGAGUAAGCAAGAGAUUAAGGUAGAACUUGCAAGAAAAAUGAAUGAAUUAAAACAAGGAGAAAAAUCAACAUUAGAUAAAUCCAUUCAAAAAUUGAGUAAAAUAUGUUUUUCCUGUUAA